UGCAGUAAAAUGGCAGAAGCCAGAUUUUCUCAGGAUGAUAUUUAAAUUUAUGAUUAUUUAAAAUAACAUCCAGUUGUGUGGGACUAUGGUUGAAAUUGAACUCCACAGGAAUAAGGCUGUCCAGGAGCAGGAAUGAGGAACCUGAUUUACAGACUUGCAGAUGAACCUGUUUUGCUCACGUCACUCAAACACAGAACCAGGAAACAGGAAUCACAUGAGAUCAGAGAAACUGGAGUGUAGUUGAGCUGUUGUGUGUUUGUGUCUCAGUAUUGAUGCAGUAAAAUGGCAGAAGCCAGAUUUUCUCAGGAUGAGCUCAUGUGUCCAGUGUGUCUGGAUCUCCUGAAGGAUCCAGUGACCACUUCCUGUGGACACAGUUACUGUAAGAUGUGUAUUACAGGCUGCUGGGAUCAGGAGGAUGAGAAGAGAGUCUACAGCUGCCCUCAGUGCAGACAGACCUUCAGGCCAAGACCUGCUUUAGCUAAAAACACCAUGCUGGCUGAACUGGUGGAGAAACUGAAGAAGACUAAACUUCCUGCUGACUGUUACGCUGGAGCUGGAGAUGUGCAGUGUGACGUCUGUACUGGAAGAAAACACAAAGCCGUCAAGUCCUGUCUGGUGUGUCUGGACUCUUACUGUCAAAGUCACCUUGAACAACAUGAGAGUUUGUUUAAAGGAAAGAGACACAAUCUGACUGAAGCCACUGGACGACUGCAGGAGAUGAUCUGCCAAACACAUGAUAAACUCCUUGAGGUUUUCUGCCGCACUGACCAGAAGUUUAUAUGUGUGCUGUGUACGAUGGAGGAACAUAAAAACCACGACACUGUAUCAGCUGCAGCGCAGAGGACAGAGAAACAGAAGCAACUGAAGGAGACGCAGAGGUCGUUCCAGCAGAGGAUCCAGCAGAGAGAGAAAGAUCUUCAGCAGCUGAGAGAGGCUGUAGAGUCUCAUAAGCGCUCUGCACACACAGCAGUGGAGGACAGCGAGAGGAUCUUCACUGAGCUCAUCCGCUCCAUUGAGAGAAGCCGCUCUGAGGCGACACAGCGGAUCAGAGAUCAGAAAAAGACUGCAGUGAGUCGAGCUGAAGAACGACUGGAGCGACUGGAGCAGGAGAUCAAUGAUCUGAGGAGGAGAGACGCUGAGCUGGAGCAGCUUUCACACACACAGGAUCACAUACGUUUCCUGCAGAGUUUCCAGUCUCUCUCAGCUCCUCCUGAAUCUACAGACGUCAAUGACAAUCCCUUCAGUUCUCUCUCCUCUUUUGAUGGCGUGAGAGAAUCUGUCCGUCAGCUGAGAGACAGACUGGAGGAUUUCUGCAAAGAGAAGAAGAUCUCUGACAGAGUCACUCUCUCCAACAUUGUUCCCAGGACCAGGAACGACUUCCUACAAUAUUCCCAUCAGCUCAAUCUGGAUCUGAACACAGUGAAUAAACGCCUCCGUCUGUCUGAGGAUAACAGAGUGAUUACUGGCACUUCUUUCCUAAAGCUUCAGCCGUAUCCUGAUCAUCUAGACAGAUUUAAUGUGUGUCAGCAGGUGUUGUGUAGAGAGAGUGUGUGUGGACGCUGUUACUGGGAGAUUGAGUGGAGUGGGAGAUAUGUGUGUAUAUCAGUGUCAUAUAAGAGCAUCAGCAGGAAGGGAUUGGAUAAUGAGUGUGUGUUUGGAUAUAAUGAUCAGUCCUGGAGUUUGAUCUGCUCUCCCUCCAGUUACUUAUUCAGACACAAUAACAUAGAGACUGAACUCCCAGUAAAGCCCAUCAUCAGUAGAACAGGAGUGUGUGUGUGUUACAGUAGAACAGGAGUGUGUGUGUGUUACAGUAGAACAGGAGUGUGUGUGGAUCCCAGUGCAGGAACUCUGUCCUUCUACAGAGUCUCUGACACAAUGAGCCUCAUCCACACAGUCCAGACCACAUUCACUCAGCCGCUCUAUCCUGGGUUUAGGGUUUAUUAUGGAUCAUCAGUGAAACUGUGUUGAUGAAUCAGGAUACACUGUAGAGAGAUUCUACCCAUAAUGCUUUGAGCUGCAUGAUAAAUCAUAAACACUGAGAUGUUAUAGAGUCUCUUACUUUCUCUUUAUUACAUUAAUAACAUGUUCAGAUUAUGGUUGAGUAAGUGUGAGCUUGAAGCUGAUAUAAUAUUCCCCGCUAAACUCAAUCAUUUAAAUGUUGUUUUGUCUCAUUAUCUCUUAUGUGUGUCUUGUGUAAAUGUGUAUGCGGAUGUAUAUGUGCAUAUGUACACAUGAGAGAUUGUGUGUUUGUUUCUUUCCUCUUUUGUUCAUUCACGAAAAGUCAAAUAAAAAGUGUUAUACUACA